AUGGCCACAGGGCUGGUCUACGUGACGAUGGUCUACGGCGCCAUGAAUCGUUUCAUCGCGGGCUGGGCACGGCGGAUGAAGGUCCUCGCUGUGAAGACGCUGAUCAUGGCCACUCUGGACGCCGAAGCAUACAACCUCUGCAGCGAACAUCACGGCCUCUGCGUGCGUGGUGCUAUCAGCGUGUUGAACAAGUACACACUGCUGUUGGUGGCACUGCAACUGGGUUUCGACGUGAUGUGGUUCGAUUUCGACAUCUUUGUGGUGCAACAUCCGACCAACGCCAUCCAAAAAGCCAGCGAAGGCUACGAUCUGCUGAUGGGCUACGAUUUAGACUCGGACUGCCUGUGCAAUGGUUUCUUCUUCAUCCGGGCCAACGAGAAGACGCACCGCUGGCUCUUCGAGAUGGUCCGAUGGCUCUACAACCAUCCCUAUGAACAUGACCAGCGGGCCAUGGGUGCCUUCCUGAACUACACCGAGCGCAUUUCGCUGGAUGCCCAGGACCUGCCGCCUAUCCCACGCUGGCAUGUCUUCAAUGAAGAGAAUGCAUUCAUCAACUUUGGGCCAUGGCUGGGCAAUUUCGAUGAACUCGUUCUGGUGCACUUCGUGGACGGCAGCGCCUUCAGCCUCUACGGGCGGCCCAACACCGAUCCCUCCAUCCCCUUGGAGAAGGUGGCUUCGAAAACCCAGGAGACGGCCUCUUCCGUGAUGGAAGACUUCUAUCAGCCCGAGGUGGUGCAGAUGUCGCCCAGCGAGCUGCCUCACUCUGCCGUGGGCCAGCUCCUCACUGCGCGACAACGGCCCAAGCCGCAGAAGAAGCAGAAGUGCGGCAUCUUGCCCCAGGUGGUUUCGGCACAUCCAGGCUACGGUUGGCUGGCGGAAGAGGGGUCACGCGCCGUUCCACCGGAGUGGCACAGCUAGCAGCUAGCAGCAGCAGCAUCCUGUCGAAAAAAGAGAAGGAAAUCAUCCUGUUGAAAUCGGACAUCAACCAGCAGAUUCCUGGGAAUCUGAGUUACAUCAAGCUGAUUUCAGGAGAACUGAUCCACCUGCAUUGAUUGCAGCGAACUGUGGCUCCAUGACGAAAAGGUCGACUCAAGGCGCUGCUGAUGGCCGUGUACCACGGGGGAAGCGCAUGGAAUACGGAGCAGACAACGGGCAGUAGAGGAGAUCUGAUGAGGCGACGG